UUGAAAGAAGAUCUCACGAACCAAAAUCCUUUGAAAUGAGCGAUGAAAACCCGUCGAAUGCAGAAGUUUUCUUCAAUAGAGUAGAUGAAGACGCACUUACAAAUGUCGCAAGACUAGCUGCUCUUGGAAAUUCGAGMAUUUUGCAAGAUAGUUUGGAAAAUGGACACCCACAUGAUGUCUGCGAUAACCAAGGCUGGUUUCCAAUCCAUCGAGCUGCAAGUGCAGGUCACAAUGAAUGUGUUGAACUACUUCUAAAACACAGCGAAAAUAAUUUUAAAAAUACCAAAACAUACAACGGAGAGACACCUCUUUACCUCGCUGCYUUGCAAGGUCAUGCMAAGGUCAUGAAGACUUUGAUUCAAUUUGGUGCAGAUAUGAAAAUCACUAAUAAUGAGUUGGARAGUGUUUUAGUUGCUGCUGUGAGAGGGAAAGAUGAAACAUGUGUGAAGAUAUGUUUUGAAUGUAAACUCAACGUAGAUGCAAAAGAUGCUGGCGGCUGGUCAGCCUUGCAUGAAGCAGCUUAUAUCGGUGAUGCUAAAUGCAUAGAAGUUCUCCUUACUKCAGGAGCCGACAUAAAUAUACGAAAUAGUGAUCUAUCAACRCCUCUGUUCAUAUCUGCUCAAUAYGGCCAUGUUGAAUGCUUGAACACUUUAAUAAAGAAUAAAGCAAGUAUAGACAUGAGUACGAAAGAUAGAGCAUCACCAUUGUUUAUUUCUUCUCAAGAAGGCCACUUGGAGUGUGUCCAAGCACUGUUAGAUGCUGGYGCAAAAGUGAAGAAUAUGACYAAUACUCGUACAACUGCAUUACACACKGCAUCCGAAAGAGGGCAUUUAAACGUUGUUAARCUCUUGAUAAAAGCUGGUGCCGAUGUAAAUGCUGUUAGCUGUGAAGGAGUGACUGCACUGUUCUUAGCGGCUGACAGAGAUGAAGUAGAUUGUUUAAUUGAACUCAUUGAGUCAGGUGCUGACAUUAAUGCCAAGCUUAUGAGUUUUAUGGAUGAAAAUGCAACACCUCUAGAGCUAGCCUGUACUUCUGGUUCAGUAAAGUGCUGUGAAGAGCUAAUCAAACGAGGCUGUGAUCCUAAUAGAGUAUUYCUUAGAAAUAACACWUUGGAAACAUCAACUUUAAUGGAGGCAGUUGAAUCUGAAGAAAGUUCCUGUGUUGAAAUUCUCCUUCGAUAUGGAGCUAACCCAAACACACCCGUUUACUCAUAUCCCAUAAUAACUGCAGCAAAAAACUGUGACGCAGCGAGUAUGUCGCUUCUUAUUAAGUAUGGAGCAGAUGUUAAUGUAGUYGACAAAGCAAAUAAUCUUGCCUUGAGAAUAACAAUGAUGAAAGCUUUUCUUCAUAGAACAGAAGAUGAAUACUUUGUACUUGGAUAUAAAUGUGUGAAGAUGCUUUUGAAGGCAGGGGCUGAUACAACAGAUUUUUUGUCCAGGUGUUGGGGCUACCAGAUCUUAAACACAGCAAUCCCUAUACCAUUUCUUAAACUGCUUCUGACAUUCCAUCCACAGGAACCCCACAUCAUAGAAUAUUUUAAUGAUUCGCUCCAUUCUUAUAAGGCAUUAGGAGAAAAGACUGAUGAGAUUACACGGUUGAUUGAGAAUCCUUGUAGCCUGGGACACCUUAGCAGGAUUAAAGUGAGGUGCAUUCUGGGAAGCAAGAGGUUAUCUAAGAUUGACGAGCUUCCUUUACCCAAAAUGGUUCAGAAUUUUCUCAGAUUUGAUGAUUUGUAACAUUUGUAUGAAAUAUUGUUGUUAAUUUUGAGUAAAAAGAAAAUUAUGAUU